GGGUAUCAUUCUGCCACCCAGGCUGGAGUGCAGUGGUGUGAUCACAGCUCACUGCAGCCUCGACCUCCUGGGCUCAAGUAAUCCUCCUGCCUUGGCCACCCAAAGUGCUGGGAUUACAGGCAUGAGCCACCAUGCCCCACCAGGAUUCACUUCUUCUGCAUACUCUGGUGGUGUUUAUUGUAUCUUUACAUUUUAUUUAGCAAAGAAUGUUAAAAGCGCCAUGUUAUAAGCACACUCCUACCCUCCAAGCAGAAUGUAAAGGGUAUGUAUUUAUAUAUUUUAAGUGGUCCCACAGCAAUUUGUACAGUUAUAGCAGUUCACAACUAUACUCAGUUAUGUUUGCUUCUCUCCUUCUCAAUAGUCUGUGAGGUUCCUUCAGGUUUGGAACUAUCUUUUAUUAAUCUUUACAUCUCCAGCACCUAGCGCAGGGCUUAGCAACAAUUUUUGUUGAAAGAAAGUAUAUACGCUGUAAUAAAGGGCAGUGGAAAGAAAAUAUGUGAGUUAUCAACACCAGAUAGAGAAGCCUUGUCUGAUUCCUGUGAAAUAUAUUCAUUUCCCUUAGGAAAAAAAACAAUUCUAACCCUAUUGCUGUGUAACUUAGCUUCUUGACUUCGAACGGUAUUUUAAGGCUUUGAGGAGCUGGAGCAAUGUAUACUCACUAGAGGCAAAGUGCCUGGUAAGUGGUCUGGUAUUGAUCAGCAAUGAUCAGUAAGUACUGGGAAGUGCGUUUUCGGGGCCUGAGACUUGCAAGCUGGUGACAGACCGAUCCAGCUUCCGGUGGACCCGGGCGGGGGCACUGAUCAACCCACUUGAGCAGUGGGAUCAAGGUCUUCAGCCUUAGCAGGGGGAGCCUCUGCCCGGCCCCCUUCGUUCCCGAGCCCCUCAGUCAGCGUCUCCUCCCAAGAGGGUCCCCUCCACCCAGAAUGUCCUCUCCUGGGGGAGACCACUCUGUCUGCGGGCCCCCUCCCACAGGAGGGCCCCUCUUCCUCAAGGUGAACCUCUGUCCCCGAUACCCGCUCCCAAGACCGAGACCUUGCUACGGCCCCACCCUCCACAGGCCCCUUACCCCCCGGAUCCCCUCCCCUGGGGGAGACCCCUCUGUCCGCGGGCCCCCUCCUAUAGGACGCGCCCCUCUUUCUCAGGGUGAACCUCUGGUUCCCGAUACCCGCUCCCAAGACCGAGACCCUGUUACGGCCACAUCAACACAGGUCCCCCUCCCCCCGGCGUCCCUUCCCCUCGGAGGAGCCCCGUCUGCGACGCUUCCGACUCCAUCACCCCCAGCAUCCCUCCCCGCUCUCACUCAGAACUUCCGCCGCGCCCCCUCCCCUCAGGCGGGACUUCCGCCGGCGCCCCCUCCCCCGCGGCGCCGUCUCCUCCUCCCGCCUGAGGCGAGUCAGGGCUCAGCCUAGAGCUCUCCGGCCGCGGCGCAGCUUCAGGGCAGCGCGGGCUGCAGCGGCGGCGGCGGUUAGGGCUGUGUAGGGCGAGGCCUCCCCCUUCCUCCUCGCCAUCCUACUCCUCCCUCCUCGCCAUCCUCCCCCUUCGUCCUCCUCGCCUUCCUCCUCCUCGUCAGGCUCGGCCCAGCUGUGAGCGGCAAGAUGGCGGCGCCCAGGCCGCCGCCUGCCAGGCUGUCGGGCGUCAUGGUGCCGGCGCCCAUCCAAGACCUGGAGGCCCUGCGCGCGCUCACGGCGCUCUUCAAAGAGCAGCGGAACCGAGAAACAGCACCCAGGACUAUCUUCCAAAGAGUUCUGGAUAUCCUAAAGAAAUCUUCUCAUGCUGUUGAGCUUGCCUGCAGAGAUCCAUCCCAAGUGGAAAACCUGGCUUCCAGUCUGCAGUUAAUAACAGAAUGCUUCAGGUGUCUUCGCAAUGCUUGCAUAGAGUGUUCUGUCAACCAGAAUUCAAUCAGGAACUUGGAUACGAUUGGUGUUGCUGUUGAUUUGAUUCUUCUGUUUCGUGAACUGCGAGUGGAACAGGAAUCUCUGUUGACAGCUUUUCGCUGUGGUCUGCAGUUUUUAGGCAACAUUGCCUCACGGAAUGAAGAUUCCCAGUCUAUUGUUUGGGUGCAUGCUUUCCCAGAACUGUUUUUGUCUUGCUUAAAUCAUCCGGACAAAAAAAUUGUUGCCUACUCUUCAAUGAUUUUGUUUACAUCCCUUAAUCAUGAAAGAAUGAAAGAACUGGAGGAAAACCUCAAUAUUGCAAUUGAUGUCAUAGAUGCUUACCAAAAACAUCCUGAAUCAGAAUGGCCGUUCUUGAUUAUUACAGACCUCUUUCUGAAAAGCCCGGAAUUGGUACAAGCCAUGUUUCCCAAACUGAACAAUCAAGAAAGAGUUACACUGUUAGACCUUAUGAUAGCCAAGAUAACCAGUGAUGAGCCACUCACCAAGGAUGACAUCCCUGUGUUUUUGCGGCAUGCUGAGUUGAUUGCAAGCACCUUUGUGGAUCAGUGCAAGACUGUGCUCAAGCUGGCCUCUGAGGAGCCUCCUGAUGAUGAGGAGGCACUGGCUACAAUUAGGCUUCUCGACGUCCUGUGCGAAAUGACUGCGAAUACUGAGCUGCUCGGCUAUCUGCAGGUUUUCCCUGGCUUGCUGGAAAGAGUGAUUGAUCUUUUACGGGUGAUUCAUGUAGCUGGAAAAGAAACCACAGACAUCUUCAGUAAUUGUGGUUGCGUGAGAGCAGAAGGUGACAUCUCCAAUGUGGCCGAUGGGUUUAAGUCUCAUCUCAUUCGUCUGAUUGGAAAUCUGUGUUACAAGAAUAAAGAUAACCAAGACAAGGUAAAUGAGCUGGAUGGUAUCCCGUUGAUCCUGGACAACUGCAACAUCAGUGACAGUAACCCCUGUAUCCUUGCAUGUGAAUUACCAUGCACAAGUUUACAGCCGGGGCCCUUAGCAAAACAAGUCCCUUGCCUCAUGUUCAUUCAUGCCACCAUCCAGUCCACACUUGCAUCAUUGCUGGCCCUGAACUUUGGCAGUGACUUCCUAACUCAUCUUUCAGUUUCUGCUCCUGCUGGGUCCAGCAUUCCCCAGGCACACCUACGUUUUUGUUUCCGAGAAGGAUCUCAGUUCCUGCGUGAAGGCAGUCGUCCAAGCACAUCUCUGCUUGUGCUCCUCCUGGGCUUGGUCAUCCUCAUGCUUCACACCCAGCGUUCUGUGUCUUUUCUCUCAAGUCCCAGCUGAGAUAGGCCACCCGCUCCGAUCCCUGCCAAAACUUGUUCUGUUCCUUCAGCUCAUCACAGGUUAUUGUUAAAUAUGUGUGCAUUUAUGUCUGGAUUACCCGCUGGAUUGCUUCCUAAGGGCAGGGAUCAAGUUUUCUGUGUUUCACCUCAAUAUAAAUAUACCAUUGUCUUGCAUGUAGUAGAUAACCAAAAAAUAUUUCUUAGAUAGAUACCUGAAUGGGAAAAGGAAUGAACAAAUAAAUGAGCAAAGAGCAGCU